AUGGGGAGCCCUAGGCAACCUCUGCGUUCGAGUCCGAAUGGCUCUCAAGCCUCGCGUGACGCCGCUCUCUCAGGCGCCAACUUGGCUUUCAUCAAAUCACUACCACCGCACGAAGCUCUGAAGUAUCUCAACAAGCGCUCUCCGCCGCCAGUCCCGGCCCAAAGACGACAGCAGAAUGUCCGGUCAACCGCUCAUCAGCCUGUCGCCCGCCAUGACGGUCCCGCCAGCACCCGCACAUCACCGGAUCACCUGAGGCUGCCCAAGAGACCACCGCACAAGACGACUGCUUCUACAUCGAGCCUGACCGCUACCAUCGCUGCCGCUCGCUCCGCUGUUACCGUCAACAAUGCGCCCGUUCAACCGCCGACCAAACCGCCUGUCCGCGCAGCUGGGAACCUCCCGACGUCAACCGCACCCAAGAGAAAGUCGCUCGAGACACUGGACCUGACUCCUAUCCCGCCAACAACUUCGCUGGUCGAAAUGUUCGAGCGCAAGGAAACUCCUCCGCCGCCAGCGAUUAAGUCUCCUAAACCACUGCGCAAGACUCUCCUUCUCCGCAACCAGACCCUCGAGCCCAUCACCACUCGUCUAGAGCAGACGUACAAUGAAAGUUCCGGCGACGAGGCUUACGAAUCCGCUAGGGAUCAUCUCUCGCCAGACCAGCCAUACAAGCCGAGUCUGCCGUCAGUUCCUCGUCUCAUUCAACGCGCCGACAGUAAAGUACAAGAAGUCACAGAACCCUCAAUCCGUGUACAACCACCUUCGCGCACCAUAUCCGAGAGGAAUACGACUCGCUCUCCAUAUCGUCGCUCGUCAACUCCGGAUCCCUCGCACUUGUCGACCUCUACUACAAAACCUAUACCCAUCAAUCGAAACUAUAGUCCCAAUCAUUUGACUCAACCUGGCAAUCCUUCCAUCACGGCCGCCUUUCACCAGCUUCAUCCUCGUCGCAUGACCCNNCCCCUCAAGUCUGGCGACUCCUUAGCCAACGCCAUCGUCGCUUCAAGUCUUGCAUCGUCUCGAGCGCCCUCACCCACAAAGCUCCCACCCUCGCUGCCAGGCCGGCGCUCAUCUCAUCACAAACUCUUCGCUCGUACUCCUAGUCCCAAGAAAGGCAUGCGCCACACAAUGCGCAAGCCAUCCUCUGAUUCUUCAGAGAGUGAUAUGGAUGAGGAUCCAUACUCUAAGCACAAGAAAAAGAGAUGGGUGAAAAAACAUCCCAACAAGCAUCACGAAGGCGACAGAAAACGUUGGCGAGACAGUGUCACCCAGACUGAACGGAAACGCUACGAGGGCCUUUGGGCAGCCAAUAAAGGUCUUCACGUCGAAUACACUGCUUCGGAGCUAGUUGUCCUUGCUGCACACCCUGAGUCCAAGGAGAGCGAUAGAAUUCGACUUGAUGUCGGUGACCAGAUCGCAGAUAUCAUAGCAAAGGACAUUUGGCUACGGAGUCGAUUGCCUCCUCACGAGUUGGAGUUGAUUUGGGACUUGGUCGACAACCAGAAAUGCGGAAGGCUUCACCGCGACGAGUUUGUUGUUGGACUGUGGCUGAUUGACCAAAGGCUGAAGGGUCGAAAGAUUCCUGUGAAGGUCACGGAAAGUGUUUGGAAUAGCGUAAGACUACUUUCUGGCAUCAAGCUGAGGAAGGCUUAA